ACAACAAAAACCAAAAAAAAGCCCUGCUACUACUGCAUAUAGUACCACUACACACAUUACAGUUGUAACAAACACCACUCUCUCUCUAAAACUUUCUCCCUCUAAAAAAAAAAAAAAAAGACUCUCCUUUGUUUCUGAGCUCUUGUGACUUAGCUCCCAAGAAAAUGGCGGCCAAGACUGUGUCUCUUCCGCCACAGCCACAGCCACUUCCACUACCGCACUCACAACCACCACCUGGGUUUGUAAAUUCGCAGUGUGCUUCUUUAUACGUGGGUGACUUGGACCCACAAGUCACAGAGUCCGACCUUGUCAAGCUGUUCUCCACCGUGGGUCCCAUUGCCUCCGUUCGUCUCUGCCGUGACAUUUCGUCCCAGAAGUCCCUCCGUUACGCCUACGUCAACUUCGUCCAUCACUACCACGCAUCUAUGGCUCUGGCCCGUCUAAAUCACACCUAUCUGAAGGGAUUUCCAAUGAGAAUAAUGUGGUGUCAAAGAGACCCUCUUUCAAGAAAGACUGGUUAUGGAAAUCUCUUUGUGAAAAACCUACCCCCUUCGAUCAAUAGCCUUCAGUUGCACUCCUUGUUCAGCAGAUUUGGGACCAUACUUUCUUGCAAAGUGGCUGAAGAAAAUGGAAAGAGCAAGGGGUUUGGAUUUGUCCAGUUUGAUACUGAGGAAUCAGCUAUGAGUGCUCUUUAUGCUCUCCAUGAUACCGUGAUUGAUGAGAAGAAAUUAUAUGUGUCAAAGUUUAUGAAGAAAAGUGAGAGGAUGGCAGCACAAGAAGAACUAAAUUUCACAAAUCUGUAUGUGAAAAAUCUGAGUGAAGAUACGACAGAGGAGCUCCUUCGAGAUCAGUUCUCCAAGUUUGGAAAGGUUUCUAGUGUGGCCAUCAUGAAGGAUAAUCAGGGUAAAUCAAGAGGUUUUGGUUUCGUCAACUUUGAGUCAUCAGAAGACGCUAAAAAUGCUGUUGGGGCUCUGAAUGGUGCAUUCAUAGGAUCAAAAUAUCUGUUUGUAGGAAGGGCUCAAAGGAAAACCGAGAGGGAAGAACUACUAAAACGUGAAUGCAUGGAGAGGUGCAACCAUACCAAUGAGCAGUUGAAGGCUUCAAACUUGUUUGUUAAUAACCUCAGUACAUCAGUAGAUGAUAACAAGUUGAAAGAACAUUUCAGUACCUGUGGACAAUUAACAUCAGUUAAAGUGAUGCGCCUUGAUAAUGGGAUUAGUAAAGGGUUUGGCUUUGUACGUUUCUCCAAUCCUGAAGAUGCUAUGAAAGCUCUGCAUACGCUUAAUGGAACCACUUUGGAGGGAAAAACUCUAUACGUGGCUAUCGCUCAGAGAAAAGAAGAUCGCAUAAGGACAUUGCAAACUCACUGUGCUCAAUUCUCACCAGAAACUUUCUAUAAUUGCAACUGGAAUGUCCACCCUUUCUUUUAUCACUUUCCUCCUUGCCCUUCUUCAAACCAGCUCCUAUCCCAACCAAUCGUGUAUCAAGAUUGUCAACAAUAUCCUCUAGUGACACAAACUUAUCACGACCGCUUCUCCAUUUUUGUUCCAAAUGGGCAGAAAGAGUGGGAUAACACCAGGGAUCAGGUUUACCAGCAGCAUCUUCUGAAGAACAAUGGGACUCCUGGAGGUCAGAAGCUUGACUUCAGAAAGAAGGGGAACAAGCGAAGUGGACCUGGGGAAAGUACCUAUACUGGAUCAGCAGGUGCCAAAGGCAGAGCUCACGCUGCAGGAACAUCACCUGGGAAGUCCAGGAGGAACUUAGAAAAAGUUCUUGCUGAGAAUCUUCAGAUAACAGGAAUGCUGUUGGAGAACAACUCUUCUGAUAUAACCAAGCUGCUUAACCCUCCAAAUGCUCUAGGCUGUUCAAGUUUUGGAGGAAAAUGAUAGAAUCAUCACAGAAGGCAUUUUGUUUCUUGAAAUACUAAUCUGGCCUUGGACAAAUCUAACAAGUUCACUAGUCUCUUCUCAAGUUCUCAUCAGAAGGCGUUUUGUUUUUUGCUCUACUGACAAGGGACCAGCAGCGGAUUUGUCAAUAUUGUCAUAUAUCUGAAAUAGAACAUACAAACCUAUUCUGACCCUGCUGCCGUUUUUCUUUUCCAUCUUUUGUGCUUAGUUUUUUGUGAAGACAAAUUGAGGUAUUGAAACCGAAAAUUGAAGUCUCAUAUGGCUUGCAUGAUGAACAAAGCAUGGUUUCCAUCUUUUUUCCUCUCUUUCUUAGCCAAAUAUAUUCUGUCUAAUACAAUACUACAUUUUCCUUUUUGUUUGCA